GACUAAUGUCACUGUUGUGAUGACACCGGUAAAACAGAUUUCAAUUUUGACAGUUAAAAAGUUUGUGUCAUUUUGAGUACCAAAAGAAGAGUUAACUAUGACCUCAAUUUUAUGCCCAGAAGUACCGCAACCCGGUUUUUCUUUCGAAAAUUGCAAGAGAAAUGCACUUUUGGAAAAACAGGGCUUUGCAACUCCCAAAGCCACCAAAACCGGUACAACAAUCGUAGGGAUAAUCUACAAAGAUGGUGUCAUACUUGGUGCUGAUACUAGAGCAACAGAAGGCACAACUGUCUCUGACAAGAACUGCGAAAAAAUCCAUUACUUAGCCCCCAACAUGUACUGUUGUGGUGCCGGCACAGCUGCUGACACAGAAAUGACCACCCAAAUGAUUUCAUCCCAACUGGAGCUCCACCGUUUGUACACCAAUCGUGUGGUCAGGGUGUGUACAGCAAACCAGAUGCUCAAGCAAUACUUGUUCAGCUACCAAGGCUACAUUGGAGCGGCCCUUGUGUUGGGCGGUGUUGAUGUCACUGGACCUCACUUGUACUGCAUUUACCCCCAUGGUUCCACCGACAAGUUGCCCUAUUGCACCAUGGGUUCGGGUUCGUUGGCCGCCAUGGCCGUUUUCGAGUCGCGCUGGAAGCCAAAUCUGACUGAAGAGGAAGGCGUGCAAAUCGUCAGAGACGCUAUUGCGGCCGGUAUUUUCAACGAUUUGGGGUCCGGUUCGAAUGUCGACGUUUGCAUUAUUCGCAAGGGGUCUGUUGACUACAAGAGGACUUAUGAUGAGGCCAACAAGAAGGGCGUACGUCAGGCGUCGUAUCGUUAUCCUAGGGGUACUACUAAAGUUUUGGAUAUGAAGGAAUUUUUGGUUGAAGAAAAGGUCCAACAUCUAGAACCAGAAAGAAUGGAUACAGCUUAAUCUUAUUAUUAAUAAACAAUCAAACACUAAUUAUUUGGUUAAUGUCUUUAAUUAUAAAAAUAUAAAAUUUUACAUAAAA